AUGGCUCGGAAUCUUAAAUCACUUCUUCUCCAUGCCCAUUCACAAGGGCCUAAUCUGAUCAAAGUAGCCAUUGCGCUUGAGUUUUUGGAGGUACCAUACGACGUACAACUCUGGGAAGGCGGUGAUGACCCGGAGAAUGGAGUCAAAGGGACUCGAUUUUUAAAGAUCAACGAGAAUGGUCGGGUUCCCGCAUUGGAAGACCCGAAUACCGGCGUUGUGUCCUGGGAAUCCGGCGCCAUCAUGGACUACAUUCGGCGCGUCUACGACAACGACAACAUGAUUGGACCGAGAGGUGGCACUGAGCAGGACCAUGUUGACUUCGACAAGUGGAUGUACUUCCUGGUUACAACUUUGGCACCCAUGAGUGGCCAGUGCAAUUGGUUCAGGCUGCACCAUCCGGUCAAGAAUGAAGAUGCUCUGGCGCGCUACCAGGCCCAGACACUACGAUGUUACGAUGUCUUGGAAGAGCAGCUGAAAAAAACCGAUGGUGCCAGUAUUCUUCCUGGAGGCUACUGCGCAGUUGACUUUCACUUUCAACCAUGGAUCUAUUUGCAUCAUUUUGCAGGACUGACGUUGGACAAACACCCUCUAAUCGCGAAGUGGUUCCAGACAUUGAACGAUGUAAAGCAGGUUAAAGAUGCUUACCAAAGAAUCAAGGAUGCCACCGGGCAACAGUCAUAG